CCACUUAACGCGAUCACCAGUUAAACUGUAACACCGGAAGUAGUUAGCAAUAAGCAACAGUUAGCUUUGCGUUUGAUGUUGUGAUUAAAGGACGCCGGAAAGCAAAAUGUCGGAGCAAACGAUAACUAUGACAGUCGCAUACGGAUCCUCUAAGCACAGCAUUACGCUAACAGGCCAUGAGGGUGGAAAAGGACCCACUGUUAAAGACCUGUCAGAUGCUCUCGCUCAAGCCACCGGAGUCCCACCUGCCUCUCAGAAACUUAUUUUUAAAGGGAAGUCACUGAAAGACAUGGAAGAGAGCCUUUCCAGCUAUGGAAUAAAAGAAGGCUGCAAACUCAUGAUGAUUGGAAAGAGGAACAGCCCAGAGGAAGAAGCUGAACUGAGGAAACUCAAAGACAUUGAGAAAUCUGUGGAGCAGAUGGCCAAGAAGCUGGAGAAGGUAGACGGGGAGUUGACUGGACUGAAAAACGGCUUUCUCGCCAAAGACCUCCAGGCAGAGGCCUUGGGUAAACUAGACCACAGAGUAAAAAUAGCAGCUGAGCAGUUCAUGAAGAUCCUGGAGGAGAUAGAUGCUAUGAGUAUUCCAGAAAAUUUCAAUGACUGCAGAAUGAAGAAAAAAGGACUUGUAAAAACAGUGCAGGAUUUCCUCGCCCAGUGCGACAAGAUCGAGGCUUGUAUAUCAGACCAUCUAUCAAAGAUCCAGUCAAAAAACCUGGCUUUGGCAGAAUAGUGAAGUCUCUUUUGUCACUUGUUCUAUACAUUGCUCUGUGAGCAAUGACAAAGUGUGCAGAAAGCUUCAAGUGUGAAGCAGAUCCUGGUUUAUUUAUUACUGGUGUGAAGCAAAUGAUCAAGUGGAAAGAAGGAUGCUGGUUAUCAGGAACGAUGUUGGAUACGUAACACAAGCAAAUCCUCCUGGUUCAAGACAGAUACGAAGUGCCGUCUGAGAAAAUUUAACCAUGAACUUGCAGGAAAUGGAUCAGAUGCAAUUUUAAUUAGUGUAAAAGAGAUGUCAAUGCCAAAUAUCUAAAAAUGCCCCGUUUGUUGCCCUGUAUGUCUCUAAAACAUAAUGAGUUUUGUUCCUCAUUGUGCACAAGCUGCAGUGAAUGAUUUAUGAUCAGAAAUAUAUAGAAACACUGUUUAAUUGGGGAAGUUCCAAAAAGCAAUAUCCACUCAGGAUAGUGGAUUCCUCCCAUUGGGCCACAAGAGGCUUAUUAUGUUGUGUGAUAAACAUUUAUUGUCCUUAUGGGUCUGAAUGGGUCACUGUUCCCUGGCUUUUACCUGCCAUGCUGUCUUUUGAGAACAAGCAAUCAACUAGCGACCUGUAUAAGGCGUACCCUGCCUCCCACCCCCAUGACCGUGAAUUGUGAAAAUUGGUUAAGAAAACUGAUGAAUGGAUUUUCCAAUAUGAGUCUGGCCCUUGUGAGACUGGCAAAUUUUCUUCAUCAUUUGUGAUGAUAAGCAAAAUUUAUUUGGGUUUUAAAAUGAAUGAUUGGCCCAGAGCAAUAACAACAAAAUUAUAUCUUACCACCUUCUGCAGCCCUAGCUCAUACAAGUAAAACAAA